CGAACGCGCGUGCAGAACCGCGAGCUCCAGUAGAGCUGCAAACAAUUGGCCUUUGAGAAGGCUAGUUUGGAGGAUGAGGUCGACCAUUUGCAAAGCUCGGAGAUGGCCAACGGAGUUGUGUCUGUAGAGAGCCGUGCUAACGAGUUAGCCCGCAAGGUCAAUGAGUUGAGAGAGGAGUUGGAGAAGGCUCAAGCCAAGAAGGAGAGCGUCAUUCAAGCUACCAAGGAUGAGGCCGGUCGUGCUGAAGACCGAGCCAAAAGGGCUGAAUCGAACAGGGAGAAGGCUCUUCACGAGCUGAACUCCCUGAAAGAUAGGGUUGCAGAAGCUGACAAGCAUGUCGCUUGGGCUGAGGCGUCCUUGGAGCAAAGCAAGAAGCACCACCAGCACGCUAUUUGCUUCACUUGGGCACAAGGAGCUGAGUGGCUGGUUGGAGCAGACAUGUUCCAGAACGUUGUAGCAAUUGCCGCAGCCUACACUACCAUGGACAUCUACAACGAGAUUCAUGGGAAGGUGCUGCGACACCGGGUAGACUUUCCAAUCGGCAAGUUGGCCUUCUUCGAGGGGGAGGAAAUGGACGAUCAAGGAAAGAGCCUCGCUCCUCCAACUGAUGCCACCGUGAGGCUGAAAUGGGAACGCAAUGAAGAAGGAGUGCCAAUGUGGCCUCCUUCAAUUGUAGAAGAGGGGGAGGAUACUGAGGGCCUACCAAGUUUUGAUGCUUGGGUGGCAGAGCCCUUUGAAGUCCAAGUUGAGCCAUCCAGCACUCCCCCGACCUCUCAGCCCGCCAUCGCUCCAGCAACUCUCCCAUCUCCAGCUCGGUCAUCUCCUGCUCGAGCUACUACUGCGCCCACUGACAAGUCCAUCGCCGUCUACCUGACAGACGAUUAGUUUAGGAUCUUUUUUCUUUUUUGUAUUUUUGUAUUGGUCGUUUGAUCAAUUUGUCAUUUGGAUUACCAUCUCCUGUACUUCAAGUGUAAAAAAUUUUAAUAGAAAUACAAAUUUGGA